AUGGCUGAUAUGUCAUACACUUAUGAGUCGCCUCUGAUGGCUUCUGAUUCUCCCAUUAUCAACUACAGAAAAGAUGCUAAGAAGGGGAUUAAGUUUACCUUUAUGUUAGUUGGUGAGCUGGGAACUGGGAAAACUACAUUUGUUAAUAGUUUGCUUAACAAAAAGGUUUUAAACCAUCGUUUUGAAAGUUCUAACUUUAAAGCUGGUGGAUCUCUUGAUACCAAGACUAUUUCAUUCACUAACGCAAAGUCCGUAGCGUUACCCAAUACAGCUAUCUUGACCAGAAGUGAAUUCAACCCUGAAACAGCUAAUGAAGAACCUGGUAUAGCAUUGACUGAAACCAAAGUUGAAUUGGUUGAUGAUGAUAAUGUUAAGUUGCAACUUACAGUGAUUGAUACACCAGGUUUUGGAGAAAAUUUAAAUAAUGAAAUUUGUUUUGUUGAAAUUGAAAAUUACCUUAAACAGCAAUUUGAUUUGGUAUUAGCAGAAGAAACAAGAAUCAGAAGAAACCCAAGAUUCGUAGAUACAAGAGUUCACGUUUUGUUAUAUUUUAUUACCCCAACUGGUCAUGGUUUACGAGAAAUCGAUAUUACUUGUAUGAAAAAAUUAUCUAAAUAUGUUAACGUUAUUCCUGUGAUUGGGAAGGCUGAUACUUUUACACAACAAGAAUUGAAACAAUUCAAAUCCCAGAUCAGAACAGACAUUGAAAAGUUUAACAUUCCAAUAUUCCAGUUUGAUUCAUUUAUAGAAGACUAUGAUGAAGAUGAAGAUUUUGAUUUGAUUGAACAAUGCAAAUAUUUGAGUAAUUUGGUACCUUUUGCUAUAAUAUCAAGUGAAGAUGAAUACGAAAUUACUGAUCCUCGGUCUGGAGAAUCAAAGGUCAUUAAGGCAAGAAAAUAUCCAUGGGGGCUUAUUGAUGUUAAUAAUCCUGCCUUCUCUGACUUCCCUGUGUUAAAGUCUGUUCUUUUUGGAAGUCAUUUGCAAGAUUUAAAGGAUUUGACUCAUGAUUUCCUUUAUGAAACCUACAGAACAGAGAGAUUGACUAAAGUUACUGGUUCAACAAAUCAAGAUGAAAAGGAGGAUGAAUUUCAUGAUACUUCUGAUUACCCUAACGGUUCAUUUGCUAAAGAAAGUGCAAUUCCAUCGUUAAGUAAUUUGGCUCAAAUUGCUAAUAUAACUCUUCCUCAUCAACCUGUUACUUCUACUACUUCACAAAAGAGUUUUAAUACUGCCAACGAUACUGAAUCUGUGGAAACAACUACUAGUGGUACAAGUAAGAAAUCAAGAUCAAUGGUUGAUGUUGAUACCAAGGAAAACGAAUCGUUUUCAUCAUCACUUUCAACUAUAUCUGCCAGUAAUGGUAAUAAUAAGGGAGAAUCUAAUGCUUCAUUCAAACGGUUUUCGAUUGCCCCUCAACGUAACCAAUUAAGACAAAUUUCAGAAACUGUGCCGUAUGUUAUUAGACACGAACGUAUUGUUGAAAGACAACAUAAAUUGGAAGAGAUGGAAAUGGCCAGUGCUAAAGAAUUGGCAAGUCGUGCUGCGGCAUUAGAGAAGAAGGCACAAGAAUUGAAGGCUAAGGAAAAGUCAUUGUUGAAGCGGUUGGAAGAUGAAAGACAACGGAAAGAAUUGGUAAAGCAAAGUUCUACUGGACCUUCAUCAGAAUCUGUUAAUUAUGAAAAUGCUACUAUUGGAGAGGAAGAUGACAAUGAUAUCCCCAGUCCAACUAUUCGUAAGGAUGAAACCUUGACUGAUUUGCACAAAAUCGCUAGCAGCUAA